AUGCAAGGCCAAAGCCUCGCUCGUUUUAUCAUCGGCAUUAUUGGAAAUAUCAUAUCCGCUUUGCUGUUUGUUGCUCCAGUGCCAACGAUGUGGAGAAUAUGGAAGAAGAAAAGCACAGAGGAAUUCCAUCCGUAUCCAUACUUGGCGUCGACGAUGAACUGUAUGCUAUGGGUAUUCUACGGUAUGCCAUUUGUUCAUCCCGACAGCAUCCUCGUUAUUACAAUCAAUUCGUUUGGCCUCUUCAUCGAGAUUCUUUACCUCCUUAUUUUCAUGGCCUACGCUUCCAAUGCCAAAUAUAGGGCAGUCAUAACAAUAGUGUUCUUGGCUGAGGUAGCAUUGCUUGGUGUUAUUGCGGUUAUCACUGUCCUAUGCUUUCAUACAUUUGAGAUGAGAUCAAUGUUUGUGGGCAUUAUUUGCGUCAUCUUCGGCAUUAUCAUGUAUGCCUCCCCUCUUUCCAUCAUUGCAAAAGUUAUGAAGACACAGAGUGCAGAAUUCAUGCCAUUUUGGCUUAGCCUGGCUUGUUUCAUGAAUGGGAUCGUGUGGUUCAUUUACGCUUUCCUCAAGUCGAUCGACCCCUACAUUGCUAGUGGAAAUGGUAUUGGAGCAGUAUUGAGUUCCAUCCAACUUUAUAUCUACGUUUAUUACACGGUGAAAGCUAAGAGAAGUGGUCGAGUUGAAAGUGAUGCUAAACAUGGAGAGACAGCUUGA